CGGUGCGCCGCGGAGCCGUAUCGAUCGGCGCGCCCGGACCGCCGCCGGCAGCAGCCGGGAGCCGCCCAGAGCUCUGCGCCGUGUCGCGCGCCACGCCGGCACCCGGCCGCGCCUCCGCCACGGCACGAGCAACAGGUGAACGGGAGCGGGCCGGCAGCGGCAGCGGGCCGGGCAGCAGCACCUGCGGCAGCCCCUGCGGCCAGCCGGCGGCCGCCCGCCCACCCAUGACCUACCUGGCGGCCAUGGCCGAGGCCCUCUCCGAGCAGCCCGACUUCAACAUCUUCGAGAACAAGACGGGCCUGGCAGAGGACCUCAAGUUUCUGGCGAGCAUGCCCGAGCUGUGUGACGUCACGUUUCUGGUGGGCGACACGCGCGAGCCCGUGUGUGCCGUGAAGGCGGUGCUGGCCUCCCGCAGCAGGGUCUUCCACAAAAUAUUUUAUUCGUCGUCUUCCCCGCAGCGGAAGAAGGACCAGCCUCAGAAGGAGAAUAAACUGAGAAUUUUCCUGAAGAGGAGUAGCGAGCCCCUCCUCAAUUUACAAAACACCACCGAAAAGCCAGCGCAAAGCCAGCACCAGACGCUCAUCAUUGAGGAGUUCGAGCCGGACGUGUUCCGUCAGCUCAUAGAGUACAUCCACACCGGCUGUGUGACGCUGCAGCCGCGGACCCUGCUCGGUCUGAUGAACGCGGCCGACUACUACGGUCUGGACGAGCUGCGCCGCGCAUGCGCCGGGUUCGUCCAGUGUUGCAUCAACGUGGACACCGUGUGCGCCCUGCUGGCCUCCGCCGAGCGCUACAUACAGUACAAGUGCACCAAGUCCAUGGUGCAAAAGGUGCUGGAGUUUGUCGACCUGCACGGUAACGAGGUGCUGAAUCUGGGCUCGUUCACCCUGCUGCCGCAACAUGUGGUCCGGCUGAUCCUCGCCAGGGAGCUCAAGGCCGACGAGGUCACCAAGUUCCAGGCGGCGCUGAUGUGGUCCAAGAAGUACUGCGACAACUCGAGCCUGGACCUGCGAGAGAUCAUCUCCACCUUCCUCGAGUUCAUCCAGUUUCACAAGGUGCCGGCGACCAUCCUAAUGAAGGACAUCCACCCGCUGGGCAUCGUGCCCGACCACAUCAUCAUGAACGCGCUGGCCUACCAGGCGGACCCGAGCAGCGUCGAGCCGUCCCGCGUGUCGCCCAAACGCGUCCACCGGCGGCGCGAGCUGUCCGUGCAGAGCUCGCUGGACCCGUCCGGCAGCACGACCACGCUCUCCUCCAGCACGUCCAGCGACAUCAACAGCGACCGGCACAGCUCGGACGGCAAGCCCGGCCUCGAGGGCGGGUACGCCGGCUCACCGCUGGGUCGGCCCAACUAGCCUCGCUGCCGCCGCCGUCACAGGAACCACUCAUCACACGUUACCCGACUGUCUUAUGGGGUGGAGUGACUGUUAACGAGGGCUGCUGAAAGGGCCAGACACUGCUCUGAUUGAAGGGCUCCAGUCUGGUGAGGAGAGACCUGCGUGUGAUCGACCUCGAGACGAGGGAUGCCUGACCGGGAGUGUCGCCGUCACCGCCGGCUCUCAGAUAGAAUCGAAUGGGAUUGAAUCGGAUCCCUGAACCAUCCGGGCGUCUGUCGAUCUAGCCAAACCGGCGCUGAUACCCAGAACGAUACCACGGCGGCCGGAGAUCGAUCAGCUCACAGCCCAAAGCAUCGACGGCUGCGGAUUAGUAGUCCUGUGUUAACGAACAACUGUCCGUUGUAACGUCACAUAGGCGGAUAUUAAACAGUUUCUGAAAACGUGUCACUCGACUAAACAUCGCAGGGUAAAAAUGCUGACAAGCACGGCCGACAAUCAAGCUAUUAAUUUAUGACAAUCAUGGAAACAGUAGCUGAGUAGGUACAGUUUAAAGCUGCGCAUAUCGAAUGCACUAAGAAGUGGACGAAGUUUAUUAAGGAGAUGAUUCAAUCGACUAAAUUUAGAGGUUCACGUCAAUAAAAAGUCACACUUUGAGCUUCGACUUCAAUAUGAGGAAUUUUAUAUUGAGCUAUUGUUCUAGUCUAAUCUAGCGACCACCCACUCCACUAAUCAGAAUUCGUUGACGUCCCCGGUCGAUUGCUGUGGAAACUGUACGUGAUGCCGUAACCGUAUCUGUAUAUGAUGGCGGCGAAAGACGCCAUGUCGACUGUGUGUUGGUAUUUGAUGUGAAAUGUGCGGCAAGAGUUGCUGUGGAAAAUGUAUGUUAAGUUGGUGUUUUGUGGCGGCGCAUGCCGGAGAACGGUAACCGGGUAAUGCAUAUAUUUAAUACGGGUGUUGAUAAAAA